CUAAAAGUUGCCUCAAGGAUUCAAGUCUCACUUGAAACAAUCUACCGUCAGUGAACAAGAUGACAUGGUCAUAGAACCACGCCUGGAUCAUUAUGUCAUCUGCAGGAGCAAGAGAUAUUUGGGAGCUUUUCAGCUCAGUCAGGUAAAAAUAAACUCUCCUUUGAGUCAUUGGGUGGUACUGCCUUCAUUAUAUGUCAUUUAGCGGUGCGUCAUUUUCUGACCCUUCAUCUCAACUUUUGAUCAGCGUUGAGGAGCCAGUGAGCAUUGAAGCUAAUGAUUUAUACGCCCUGCCGUACAAGUCGAUUAAGCCACUUGUUUUCCCAACUGCACUUUUUGUUUGUCAUUUUGCAGGACAGGUUUGGAAGGAGCUGCAUUGGAGUAUUCCUGCUGCAGAAGGAGACACUUUUCUGCAUUGGGUGGACAUGUUUUUUAGCUCCAGGAAGGAGGAAAGCUGCUGCAAUUUCCUGAUUGCUCUCUGGGGAUUUGACAUGCUAGAAACGAGAAAGUUUGGCAGCAAUUCAAAGAAAAAGUUGUUUGUGUAUAUAGAUUUUUUUUUGAACUUUUGUAAACAAUGUAAAUCUCUGUAAAUUCACAAGCUAAACAACAAGACUAUAAGCUAGGUUCAAGAAUUUCACUUGUACUUUGGUGUAAUAUAUAUUAUUGUAUAUAUAAAGAUAAAA